AUGAACUGGAGGCUUGUUGAGUUCCUCUACCUCCUGUUUAUAUGGGACCAUAUACUCAUACAGCCCUCCCACCAGGACCCAGCUGCUACCAACCAACAUGUCUCCAAGGAGUUUGAUUGGCUUAUUUCAGACAGGGGGCCUUUCCACCACUCACGGAGCUACUUAUCCUUUGUGGAAAGACAUCGUCAAGGAUUUACAACCAGAUAUAAAAUAUACAGGGAGUUUGCCCGUUGGAAGGUGAGGAACACGGCCAUCGAGCGGAGGGACCUGCUGCACAACCCGCUGCCCCUGAUGCCCGAGUUCCAGAGGAGCAUCCGCCUGCUGGGCAGGAGACCCACCACGCAGCAGUUCAUCGACACCAUCAUCAAAAAGUACGGCACCCACCUCCUCAUCUCUGCCACCCUGGGAGGAGAGGAGGCCUUGACCAUGUACAUGGACAAAAGCCGCCUCGACAGAAAGUCAGGAAACGCCACCCAGAGCGUUGAAGCUUUGCACCAGCUCGCGUCCUCCUACUUUGUAGAUCGUGAUGGCACCAUGAGGAGACUCCAUGAGAUCCAGAUCUCUACCGGAGCAAUCAAGGUAACAGAAACUCGGACUGGCCCCCUGGGCUGUAACAGCUACGACAAUCUGGACUCUGUGAGUUCUGUCCUUCUGCAAAGCACUGAGAGCAAACUCCACCUGCAAGGUCUCCAGAUCAUCUUCCCUCAGUAUUUACAAGAGAAGUUUGUCCAGUCUGCCUUGAGUUACAUCAUGUGCAAUGGGGAGGGCGAGUACAUCUGCCGGGACAGCCAGUGUGGCUGCCAGUGCUCCGAGGAGUUCCCUCAGUGCAACUGCCCCAUCACUGACAUCCAGAUCAUGGAGUACACCCUGGCAAACAUGGCCAAGACCUGGACAGAAGCCUAUAAAGAUCUGGAGAAUUCAGAUGAGUUUAAAUCCUUCAUGAAAAGGCUACCUAGCAACCACUUCCUGACCAUUGGGAGCAUCCACCAGCACUGGGGGAACGACUGGGACCUGCAGAACCGCUACAAGCUGCUGCAGAGCUCGCUGGAAGCCCAGCGCCAGAAGAUCCAGCGCACUGCCCGCAAACUCUUUGGCCUCAGUGUCCGGUGUCGGCACAACCCUAACCACCAGCUGCCUAGGGAAAGGACGAUACAGGAAUGGCUUACCCGAGUCCAGUCCCUGCUCUACUGCAACGAGAAUGGGUUCUGGGGGACCUUUCUGGAAAGCCAACGGAGCUGCGUUUGCCACGGUGGCACCAGUCUGUGCCAGCGCCCCAUCCCCUGCAUCAUUGGGGGCAACAACAGCUGUGCCAUGUGCAGCCUUGCCAACAUCUCCCUCUGCGGCUCGUGCAACAAGGGCUAUAAGCUUUACCGCGGCCGCUGCGAGCCCCAGAACGUGGACUCGGAGCGGAGCGAGCAGUUCAUCAGCUUUGAGACGGACUUGGACUUCCAGGACCUGGAGCUGAAGUACCUGCUGCAGAAGAUGGAUUCUCGCCUCUACGUGCACACCACUUUCAUCAGCAACGAGAUCCGCCUGGACACCUUCUUCGACCCGCGGUGGCGCAAACGCAUGUCCCUCACCUUGAAGAGCAACAAGAACCGGAUGGACUUCAUCCACAUGGUGAUCGGCAUCUCCAUGCGCAUCUGCCAGAUGCGCAACAGCAGCCUAGACCCCAUGUUCUUUGUCUACGUCAACCCGUUCAGCGGGAGCCACUCGGAGGGCUGGAACAUGCCCUUCGGGGAGUACGGCUACCCACGCUGGGAGAAAAUCCGCCUCCAAAACAGCCAGUGCUACAACUGGACCCUGCUGCUGGGCAACCGGUGGAAAACCUUUUUUGAGACCGUCCACAUCUACCUACGCAGCCGGACUCGGCUGCCCUCCCUCCUGCGCAACGAGACUGGCCAAGGGCCCGUGGACCUUUCCGACCCCACCAAGCGCCAGUUCUACAUCAAGAUCUCAGACGUGCAGGUCUACGGCUACAGCCUGCGCUUCAAUGCUGACCUCCUGCGCAGCGCGGUGCAGCAGGUCAACCAGUCCUACACGCAGGGCGGGCAGUUCUACUCCUCCUCCUCCGUCAUGCUCUUGCUGCUGGAUAUUCGGGACCGAAUCAACCGCCUGGCACCUCCGGUGGCCCCGGGGAAGCCGCAGCUGGAUCUGUUCUCUUGUAUGCUCAAGCACCGCCUGAAGCUCACCAACAGCGAGAUCAUCCGAGUGAACCACGCACUGGACCUGUACAACACCGAGAUCCUCAAACAGUCCGACCAGAUGACGGCCAAACUCUGCUAACCCUGGACUUAGCAAUGGACACCUUGGUGAUUGACCUUUUGCUGUAUAAAAAAAAAAAAUAAAAUAAAACAGACAAAAAAAGAAAACACAAAAAAAAAAAAGAAAAAGAAAAAAGAAAAAGAAAGGAAAAAAGUAAAAAGGAAGAAGGAAAAGUGGGGGGAAAGGAAAUAAAAGGGGAAAAAAUAAGAUUUGUAAAAUGUAAUUAAUAUACAAAAGAGAAAAAAAGAGGAAAUUCUUCAUUUGUUGAAACUAAACCCGUUCUAGCAGCUGUAUAAAACUGUCAGGCAUGUUUGUUAUUUCUAUAAUCCGUCAUAAAAGGGUAACACCGUACUCUCUCUUGACCUUGGGGAUGUUGCUUGUGAGUCAUCAGGGGCAGCAGAGGAAAUAAAGGGAGGAGCAGAGAGAGGGGCAAACUUCUGUACUGAACUGUCAAGUUUUCUGCUAUGCAGGU